ACCUAUAUUUAUAGGGUCCUGCGAUCCUGGGGUCAUGAGAGGUUGUUUUGCUUUCGCUGUUUCUCCUUCAUCGCCCUCCAGCAGGAUAGGACUGUCGCGACUCGGUGUUAGAAACUGCUUGAAAACAACGAACCAACGCAAAAAAAUCCAGUAGAAUGGCUGUUCCUCCAUCAUAUGGUGACCUUGGUAAAUCUGCAAAGGACAUCUUCAACAAAGGAUACGGCUUUGGAUUGGUGAAACUUGAUGUCAAGACUAAGUCUUCAAGUGGAGUGGAAUUCAAAACCUCUGGCUCAUCCAACACUGACACCAGCAAAGUCAAUGGCAACCUGGAGACCAAGUACAAAUGGGCUGAAUACGGCCUGACGUUUACAGAGAAGUGGACCACAGACAACACUCUGGGGACUGAGAUCACCGUUGAAGACCAGAUCACCAAAGGGCUGAAACUUACGUUCGACACCCAAUUCUCACCAAAUUCCGGCAAGAAGAGCGGUAAGGUGAAGACUGCGUAUAAGCGUGAAUACGUCAACUUGGGCGUGGAUGUGGACUUUGACUUUGCCGGCCCGGCCAUCCAUGGUGCGGCGGUGGCCGGAUACGAGGGAUGGCUGGCCGGCUACCAGAUGACCUUCGACACGGCCAAGUCCAAAAUGACCCAGAGCAACUUUGCUGUUGGCUACAAAACGGGAGAUUUCCAGCUGCACACCAAUGUUAAUGAUGGCACAGAGUUUGGAGGGUCCAUUUACCAGAAGGUGAAUGACAAGCUGGAGACUGCUGUGAACCUGGCCUGGACAGCAGGCAGCAACAGCACGCGCUUUGGCAUCGCUGCCAAGUAUCAGCUGGACUCCAGUGCCUCCAUAUCUGCUAAAGUUAACAAUGCCAGCUUGGUGGGAGUGGGCUAUACCCAGACGCUGCGACCAGGUAUGAAACUUGUCCUGUCUGCACUGGUGGAUGGCAAGAGCAUCAACGCCGGUGGCCACAAGCUGGGACUGGGCCUGGAGCUGGAGGCAUAAGUAUCUAGCUAUCCUUUCUAGUGAAGUCUUCAUGUUUUAAUAUUUGAGGGAAUAUUAGAAGAAUUUGGCCUUAUUUAUUUCCAACCCAACAACCAGUAAGGGAUGUCUCCAAAGGAAAGCGAUGAAUCUAAUCUAAAACAUCAACAACAUAGCCCUCAGUCCUGUCACUUAGAUGGAAUCCUGACCUAUCAGCCACUGUCAUUUCCUUUCAGCUGGCUUGUAGUCAGUCAUCCUGUGUGUCCUAUGAACAGUAGCCCAGUACUACUAAGCCUGUUAUGUGUUGGUUUGUAGUCAGUCAUCCUGUGUGUCCUAUGAACAGUAGGCCAGUACUACUAAGCCUGUGAUGUGUUGGUUUGUAGUCAGUCAUCCUGUGUGUCCUAUGAACAGUAGGCCAGUACUACUAAGCCUGUUAUGUAUUGGUUUGUAGUCAGUCAUCCUGUGUGUCCUAUGAACAGUAGCCCAGUACCAUUAAGCCUGUUAUGUAUUCCUGUACUGUACCACUAGUGAAAUACAUCCUCCUUCUCAAAGAGCGUGUUUAUUCUGCAUUGUUUUACGUUUGUUUUAUUGGUUUGGCCUGGACAAUCCAAGGAGGGUUAUAUUAAGAUGUAUACUUUGAUUUAAUUCUAUAUAUAAUAACAAUGUUAUUAUGUUGUCAUUAUUUGACAAUCCUGAACUGUUGUUUUGCACACUAGCAAAUUAUAUUAUACCUUAAUUUAUAUCCUUUCUUUCCCUGUUUCAUUUGCACAUAGAGUAGCCUUUGGUUAGCAACGCUUUGCCUGUUGUCAGGACGGCUCCUACUCAGAAUGUUCAUCGCGUAUUCUAGAGACCUUAAACCUCUUAUUCUAAUGGGUGUUGAUCUAUUUAGCUAAUAUUCUUGAGGACAUGUUAGUUAAUUAUGCUUACUGCUUCGCCACCCAUUCUGCGGUCUUUUUACAGACCUGUUUUUGACCUGUUUCCUAGUUGAACAUGGUAAUAUAAAUUGCUAGACAUUUGCCAAAUGGGAUUUUCUGGGUGUCAUUAGAAAGGAAAAAGGGGAAAGUAUUAUAACUGAGCGAAUCCUUCACCUCCCCUUCCCCUAGCUGUGUAUAAAUUAUAUGACUGGGAAACCCAAGUCCACUUGUCUGUCUACCUUUACAAUAAAGUCUUUAAACAAGUCA